AUGUUACAGUCUAAAAUCGUAAGAGGUGGUGAAAAUCCAUCUACCAAAGCUCAAGACCUCUCGGCAAGCAGGAGAGGCCGCGCGGUUGAAAUCCCAGCACAAAGAUCUCAAGUCCGCGCGGGUGAUGCCUCAGCACAAAAGGUUCAAGGCCGCACAAGAGAUUCACGCUCACCUUUAAAAAUAAUGCGAGAAAAAAUCCGUUCGUUAUCUAACCGCACACCCCGUACCUCACAUACAUCUGAAAGAGGUAUGCGAACACCAAGAGAUACUACUGAUGUAACUGAAGGUCAUCCAACAGGUCUGGAAAUAAUAUUUCCGUGGAGACGUGAGGGAAAUUGGACACCAAGGAGCAGCAUGUCCUACAAUACGACCCCUCGUCGAACCUCAGAAUUGGCAGGAUCAGUCUCUACACGAGGAUCAAGAAGAGUUCUUGUUCCAGGUUCAACUCCUCGAGGUUCUAAUGCAGCUGCGGCAGAUAUUUCCUACAGUAAUAAAUCACCUUCCUCCAGUAUGUACAGGAACGGUAUAAAUCGUGGAAUGGAAGAGCCUUUGGUGCAACCGCAAAGAGUAGAAAGCCCGGCUCCAAUUACCCCUUCACGUGGCGCCUCCAUUACGCUUCAACCCGAAUCAAGUCCUCGUAGGCAUAGUGUAUAUGUUGAUAAACUUCCUCUUGAAGAGCUUACUGAAGAAAAUUCUCAUUGGCGUAUAUUUCACUCUACUGUAUUAACUCCUCGCUCUCCUGCAAGAGUUAGUGAAGCUGUUACCCCUCGAAGUGCUCGCAGAAAAUCUCCUAUAAGGCCAAGAGAAUACGAAGGUCCUGCUCCUCCUGACGAGGUUACCUUUAAACUAAAUGAUGCAGAUAUUCAGGAAAUUAUUGAUCCCAUUACACUUGAUACUGUAUCACUGAGUGUGGUGACACCUCGACGUUCAGGGGAUGCUGCUGGAGAGACAACCAUUCAAACAGAGGAUUAUUCUCAUAAUUCUCGACAUCUUUCAGAACCGAGAUCUCGGGUAUUGUUCAUUCAUAGCGAGGAGUGGAAAUAUGAUGUCCAAGGAGGAAAGGAAGAUGAAGAAGAUGAAGAUGAAGAUGAAGAAAAGGAAAAGGAAGAAAGGGAAAAGGAAGAAAACGAAAAGGAAAUAAUCAAAAAAGAAAUCGUAUUCGAAGAUGACCUUGGACCACUUCCUGGAUACAAGCAUGUAUCUAUCUCUGUUACUGAAGCGAAGAAAAACCAGGAAAGCGGUAACGCAACACCGCACUCUGGUAUUAAUGGAUCUCGUCCUCGUUCUGAAUCUACUGCAACUUCAACACCCAGAAGUGAUGUGGCACCAUCUUAUCUUCCCUUGUCUACUGAAGAUGGGGCAGCGAAAUCUGGAGUAAGAUCAUUACAUGGUUCGUCCUUUACACCAAGAGGAACACCAGAGAAAACAUUUGAUGUACCACCUUCUAAUACCAUUUCUUCAGAAAAGUCAACAAAUGAUGGGAAAUGGAAGGAACCAAUAAUUCCGUACCGAACCACUCCUGAAUUAACUCCUCCAUCUUCAGUGGGAUUAAAUGGUGAAGAAACAAGUGUUCACUAUAACUCAACAUCCAAGGGAAGUGGAUUUCGUUUGGUAAGCAGCAUUGAAAAGAAAGAUGCCUCAAUGGCUUCAAAAUUGUCAUCCAAUGAUUCAAUGCCAAGAAAAGUUACAUUUCGGGAUCAAGAAAAUUCAUUUUCUGUUACUCACUCUGAAGGGCGUGGAGAGAAUGAGGUGGUUGUAACUGAAAAUAAAACUCCUCCUGUUAAGGAUAUUAAAACCACAUCUCAUGGAAAGAGGAGUCCAGUUCAACUUAACGGAACCAAACUUGAAUUGACGCCCCCAUCUUCAGUGGAACAUAAUUAUGAAGAAACAAGUGAUGACCAUAACUCUGCAACUAGAGGAAGUGAAUUUCUCUUAGGUGGUGGGGGCGAUAGAACAAAUAAAACUUCAAUUACAUCAAAAAGGCAAACCAAUGGAAAGAUGCCAAAGGGAGUGAUGCAUCAAGAUGAAAAAGAUUUACCCAUAAUCUCUGGUUCUCAUGAAGGGGCUACUCUUAAUUCAAAUGACCCUCCUAUACAAAAUAAUGUUGGCCAUUACAAAGAGAGCACUGCCAAUGAAGGGACUGUAGAAGCCCAAAAAGCUGGCAUUUUAUCUGGAUGGUCACAUUCUUCUGUCCCUGGUGAUAGUAAAUCUAUACCAAUAAUCUUACCAUCACCGGAUAGCAUAGUACGCACCCUUAUUGGUCAAUAG